AAUGCAUCUACACCAAACACUUGUGCGUGGAUGGGAGGCAGAUACACCUGGAAAUUUAUGACCCUUGCUCACAGCCCCAGCAGGGGAAACUGUCCCUGGCAGAUGAGCUGCACUGGGCUGAUGCAUUUAUCAUUGUCUAUGACAUCAGUGACAGAGCAUCAUUUGCCUUUGCCAAGGCCCUGCUCUACAGGAUCCGAGAGUCUCACAUAGGAGUUUGUAAAAAGAUGGUCGAGUCAUCAAUAUUUUUGGUUGGCAAUAAACAGGAUCUAUGCCACAUGAGGGAGGUUGGCUGGGAUGAAGGACAGAAGCUGGCAAUAGACAACAAGUGCCAAUUCUGUGAACUGUCAGCAGCAGAGCACUAUCAGGAGGUUGUGGCAAUGUUCACCAAGGUGCUGAGGAACAUCACUGCCAACUCCAAAGUGAAGGAGAAGAGACGACCAAGCGGCUCCAAGUCAAUGGCCAAGCUGAUCAACAAUGUGUUUGGGAAGAGGAGGAAAUCUGUGUAAGAGAGGGUUAGUCCUGAAGUUGGAACAAGCUGAAAUAAUGGAGCUGAGCUCUUGGGAUUCACUGAAUUUCCUCCAAAGGUCAAUAUGUGGAGGAAUAAGACAGUAGAAACCAAAGGUGGGAGACAGCAGGGUCUAGGCCUGGAAGAUCUGACCUAUUUCAGCUCUGCUGCAGAUUUACUGUAUAGGGCAGUGCCAUUUAAACUGUGAGCUGCUCCAGAGGAGAGGUUUAGUCUGUAUUUAUUCAACACCAGCAUGGUCUUGGAUAGAGCUUCUAGGUGCAACUGAGGUAUAAACAGAUCUAUAAUUUCACAGAUUCACUUCUAUUGGAAAAGACCCUAAAGUCAUAAAAACCAGCCAUUAACCAAACACUACCAAGUCUACCACUAAACCACAUAAUAUCCAGUAAACUCAGCCUUGCUGAUCAAAAUCUUACUUCAGAAUCCUGAGUAGGUUUUUUUUUGGUGUGUGCAAGAAAAUUUGCACUAAGAAAAGCAAAAUACUGCAGGCUUCAUGUGGUAGUGUAUUUGUAUUUAACUCAGGUUCUUGUGUGCCUUACACUUGCUGAAAUUCAUAUGAAUUCAAUGCUUAGACACCAAGUCUACAAAAGCUAUUUACCUGCAGAGCUGCCUUACAGAGGCACCAGAAGUAUAGGGAAGCAGAUAGAUAAAGCAGUAUUGUCUCCUGUUUCAGUAUCUUUUUUUCUUUAUUCCAUGAGUGAUGAGAGAAAGUGGAGAGGGUUGAGGAGUGUGGGAGCUGAAAUGUUGGUGAAAUGUUGCUCAGUGAGCACUGGGCUGUUUUGGCAAGGUGGUUGUUGAGUGAAAUGAUUUUACAGCAAGGGCCAGGAUAAAGCGUGGGUUGAUCCCUUCCACAGAGCAGCUUUUGUCAGCUCCAACAAAAGUUUCAUUAGCUGCAAGGUGGCUGUGACUGCUCAACCUCAGAUGGCAGCAGCAGCUUGGAAGGCACAUGGUAAGGAGCACAAGUUCUCUAGGAUAUCUGCCUGGAUUUAAAGGUCAGCCUGCUGGUGAGACCUGUGCUCACAGAGAGUAUUCUUCCUAAUAACCAAUGUUCUUACAGCUACUCAUGGCUGUGGAAUUGAAAUGCCACAGAGAGAGCACCGAGUACUGCUGGCUACACUUUUCACAUGUGGAUAUUAAACAUCAGCUGGGCUUAAACGUGUUGUCAGUUGACAUUCAGAGCUCUUACUCUGGACAGCUAAAUAAGGGCUUAGCCCAGAGUGUUUGCAAGUGCUGUUCUCAUACAGAAAUUAUGAAAGGGAAGUGAUCUGAAGAUGAAUUGCUGCCUCCUACCCACUCAGGGGACAGCUGGGAUUCAGUCUUUGUGGGAUGCUGAGUUGGAGCCUACCUCUGCUCUGAAAUUUUACCUGCAUUGUAACGAAAAAGUGUCAGGUUUUUGGUUUUUUUUUUUUUUUUUUUACUUUCAGCUUUUGAGUGUUCACCCUUAAGACAACAUAAAAAAGGUUACAUAUAAUCUUGGCAGUAAGGUUGUAAAAUAGUACUAAAGCACAUUUGGUUGUGUUGACCAAAGAUCACUUUUUUAAAGCAAAAGAUAACUGCUUAUUUCACUUGUUAUAAGACUAAAAAUAUUGGAAAUAGUUCUCAGUUGACAGGCACAGGGUUGCUUUGUUUUUCUGCAGAUGCUGCUCUGCCAUAUCAGGAGCAUUUUAAGUGUAUGUUCAAUAUCUAUGAGACUGAAUGUGCAGAUUACUCAUACACACCCCUCAGAUUCCCAGACCACACAGGAUUCCAGAACUGCCAACAGAGUUGUAGCUUUACCUUGCUCUAGCAAUUCCAAAUUCCAGAACUCUUAUUUGUAUUUACUGCUCUGGUAUUAAAUAAACUGGAUAUAAGAUGGAUGUAUUAA